CGCAGGGCUGCACCAUUCAGAACGACGACAUGACAUUUUGACACUAGCUAGCAGACGUGAGCAGGCUCACUCAGGCUAACCAGCUAACGUUAGCUUGUUGAGAUGAACAGCGACUCAGAAAUUAUGUCGUAACGUCAAAAUUAGAAUAUUCCAGACUUUUUUUUAUCUGUCGGUCUUACCGAAAAGCAAUUGAAACAACGACGUCAAUGUUGAAAUGCUAUAUUUAUCUUAUUUACUGUUAGCGCGGUUUUUGAAUGCAACUCCAACUAGUGUUAUUUGUUUUUAAUCCACUUUUCUUCUUUACGUCAUAUCAUAUUCAUGAAACUGCACUGGAUUUGCAAAUAUGGUCCCCAAUAAAUAGUGGUGCGGCAAAGAAUAGAGUAAUCAGACCAAGUGGUGUCUUAUAUGAGUAAAUGCUGCUCGUGCCAAAACUACAUUUUAACUUAGAAUCAAUGUAUGAAUGUUUAAAAUAGGAAGAACGUAUGUUGUUGCACGUAGGAUUUGGGAAAUAGUAGCUUGCUCCAAGACAAAUAAGAAAAUAUUGUUGGACAUAUAUACAUAUAACUAAUAUAACAUGAGCUUUCAUUUUAAGAUUAGGCAUUAUUUAAGUAACUGUUUAUUCUGCAGAAAUUGAUAAGAUAGGAACUCAUUGGAAUUGGCUUGCUCUUUAAAUCUCCACAGUGGCACAGGAAGCAGGGCUCCAUCACCGGGAUCAGCUGCUGAAGAGUCCGGGUUUAGAACUAACUAUGAAGAAGAAAAGCAGACGUCCAAAGUCGUCGACUUCGCGACAGAGCAGCAGGACAACGGGGAGCGUCAGUGAGGAGGAGAAGAGGCCACCUGGAAACAGAGGGAGACCUCGGAAGACCGUCCCUGCAACCUCGGACAGUUUCUACCACGAUGACGCUGCCGCAGAGGACAAGACCGCAGUCUGCAGUGUGACGGCAGCCGACGACUCACAAAAACAUCCAGAGAGCAAGUCUAGAGCUUCAGCAGGCAGACUGUCAACGGCCAUCUGUCGGCUCUGCCAUGGGAAGUUUUCGCCGCGCAGCAUGCGGCACGCUUUCGACAAGUGGCCUCAGGAUUCCAUCGGCAUCGUCGACGAUGAGUCGGACGCAGCGGCCCAGUCGCCCCUUCUGUUCCACACGGACUUCCAGCGGCUGGUCGGGGUCCAGUUGGACCGCGACACCCGCUUGUCAGAGUUCAUCUGCAAGAAAUGCCACUCCAAAUUCUACAAGUGCCACGGCAUCCUGCUCAGAUUUCUGCAGAGAGUCAACCUCCCACCUGUUGGGAAAGAGAACCUGAAAAGCUGUAAGAAGUGUCCAGAGGCCUCGGUAAACCACGCCUCAACAACACCACAGUCCUUCACCUCAGACCCCGAGUGCCUCCACAGCCUGGUGUCCUGGGCCCACCACCACGGAGAGGCCUGCCGCUCCUGCCCCAACCUGAGGGAGGUGCUGGAGGACCGGUGCUGGGGCUCCGUCAAGGCCGUUUGGAGCUGUGUCGACGGCCACAGGUAUGUCAUGGAUGCCCAGUGCGCUGCCGCCGCCAACCCUGGGUACGCCAUGGACUUAUACGGUGGAGCGUUGGUUAGUGGCAACGGUGACAGAGCGAUGUCGGAGGAGGAGGAAGAUGAAGAAGGGCAGCCCAGCGGGAAUGGAAGUAUAAGCACUCUGGCUCAGCACAGUCCACCUGCACUUCCUGUACAGACUCAGAGCUCAGCGCUGGUGAACUGGACCGGCAACACAGACUUCACAGGUCCCGGGGGGGCGUUGUCUCCGGUCCAGCUGGAGGACAGGGCCGCUGACAGCGAUCUGUCCGACAGGUUCAUCUCCGAGGAUGACUUCGAGGAGAGUAGAAAAGGAGGGUUAUCAGACGACGAGAUGUUCGAGCCCUACUCAGACAAGAGAGCUCGCAGGGUGACCGUCCCCAACAAGAGAAGAAGAAGCACGAAGGCCCUGGUGGAGCCCAAAAUAAAGAAAAAACCAGGACCCAAACCCGGCUGGAAGAACAAGCUCAAACCGAAAGGAGAGGAGCUGCCCAACAUCUACAAGUGUCCGUAUCAGGGCUGCACCGCCGUCUAUAGAGCUCCGGAUGGUCUGAAGAAGCACAUCAAGGAGCACCACGAGGAGGUGAAGGAGCGGCCGUGCCCUCAUCCCGGCUGCAACAAGGUUUUCAUGAUCGACCGCUACCUGCAGCGACACGUCAAGCUCAUCCACACAGGUGAGCUCAACAGAGAGAAGGGUGUCGUUCAUCUCCGUCCGGCUCUCUUCGGGUGAACUCGGCUUCACUGAGCGCAACAUUGGCAAUCCUUGAACGAAGAUGUUGAUCACUCGGCUCAGUUAACUGAGGAGAAGUUAGCAACUAAUUUGGCUCGGGCUCUUAAGGCGGCGCUGGCUUUGGAGGUGGACCAGCUAUUCUCUGCUUAAUGAUAACGCUCAUCCGAGUUAUGACUUUCAAAAUGGAAUCUACAAAUACUAACCAUUAACGGAAGUUACUACGAGCAACCACGAACACAUUCGGCUGAGAGGCACGAGUUAACACGGCCACUCGUUAAACUGAAACACCUGUUGCUCUGUCGGAGUUCUGGAGAACUUUAGUCCGCUGUUGGGAAACCGAUUCAGACAUUUUGAUGCAAACCGUUUUAAUUCAAUGUUUAAAGUUUGCCAAUUCCUCUUGACGGCUGGAGCAAAACGCCACUUCUAUUGCCAACAUGCGCGCGCAUAUUUUCGAUGACUUCUGCUGUAAAAGGGUUUUUAAGAGCCUUUAACCCUCUGAACUCUAAACAGUCCUGUACCUCUAUGGAAACAGCACAAACAUGUCUUUUGUGCAGUACGACACAGUUACCAUGCCAUAAAUCAGAAACAUUUUUUUUUAUAAAAAGUUCAAUUUAUUUGAUAAUUUAUUUUACAAAAAUUGGCAAACAAUGGAAUCUAUAAAUUCAACAUUUUUCCAAGUUGCCACAAGAG